AAGCAGAAACUUGUGCCCGAAUUGGCAUGGGACUAUUGUAUCCAUUGGAAAGAGAAAGAGUGAGAGAAAAAAAAACACAUGAAAUUUCACAAAAACUUUUAAUCAUCGUUUCCAUUAUUAUUUCUUCAACGCACUCUCUUCUCUCCACGACAUGUGCUUUCUCUUCCCAAUUUAGCCAUAUCAAUCAGAGAGAACCCAAACUUAUUCAUCUCAAUCUCAUCUCAUAUAGGGUUUUCACAUUUUUUUUCUUUCAAUUUUUCAAUUCCACAAAGUUCUCACCUUUCCCAUUCCAAUCCUAAUUUCCCUUCGCCCCAUUUCAUUUUCAUCCAAAAGGGUUUCUUUUUGUUCGUUUCUUCUAGAGAGAGAAAUUCAUGAUGGGAAUGUAGGGUGCUGCUGGGUGUUGGUAACCGAGCAAUGUUGGAAAUGGAGAAGGAUUUUGAUUCAAAGCUCAAGAUUCAACAGACUUCUUCCUCUUCCAAUGGUGGUGGGAAUGUUCAGAGAUCCAAAAGUUUUGCUUUUAGGGCUCCACAGGAGAAUUACACCAUUCAGGACUUUGAAUUGGGCAAGAUCUAUGGUGUUGGCUCUUAUUCUAAGGUUGUGAGGGCAAAGAAGAAGGACACGGGAGUUGUGUAUGCAUUGAAGAUCAUGGAUAAAAAAUUUAUCACCAAAGAGAACAAAACUGCUUAUGUGAAGUUGGAACGCAUAGUGCUUGAUCAAUUGGAUCAUCCUGGCAUUGUGCGUCUAUAUUUCACAUUUCAAGACACAUUUUCUCUGUACAUGGCACUUGAAUCUUGUGAAGGUGGAGAACUUUUUGAUCAAAUUACCAGGAAAAAUCGUCUAACUGAGGAUGAGGCACGAUUCUAUGCAGCUGAAGUUGUCGAUGCUCUUGAGUACAUACAUGGUUUGGGAGUGAUACACCGUGAUAUUAAGCCAGAGAACUUAUUACUUACAGCUGAAGGACACAUUAAAAUAGCUGAUUUUGGGAGUGUGAAGCCUAUGCAGGAUAGCCAAAUUACUGUGCUUCCGAAUGCAGCAUCGGACGACAAAGCCUGCACGUUUGUGGGAACGGCUGCUUAUGUCCCUCCAGAGGUUCUUAAUUCCUCUCCAGCAACUUUUGGAAAUGACCUCUGGGCACUUGGCUGCACAUUAUACCAAAUGCUUUCUGGAACUUCCCCUUUUAAAGAUGCAAGUGAAUGGCUUAUUUUCCAAAGGAUUAUAGCAAGAGAAAUUCGAUUUCCAGAUUACUUUUCAGACGAAGCAAGAGACCUUAUUGACCGGCUAUUGGAUUUAGAGCCCAGCAGGAGACCAGGUGCAGGAUCUGACGGUUAUGCUAUUUUGAAAAGGCAUCCCUUUUUCAAGGGGGUUGACUGGGAUAACUUAAGGGCACAAACUCCUCCGAAACUUGCUUUGGAACCUGGGACUCAAUCGCCUGCUUGUGAUGAUGUUCAUGAUUCAUCGUGGAGUCCUUCUCACAUUGGCGAUGGUUCUGCAGCUUCUUCUAGACAGCCUGAUGGCGCUACAUCGUCUUUAGAGGGAACUGGUCACAUAACCAGACUAGCUUCAAUUGAUUCCUUUGAUUCAAAAUGGCAACAAUUUUUGGAGCCAGGGGAAUCUGUUCUUAUGAUCUCCAUGGUGAAGAAAUUACAAAAACUAACAAGCAAGAAGGUGCAACUCAUCCUUACCAACAAACCAAAGUUGAUCUAUGUGGACCCUUCAAAAUUAAUUGUGAAGGGAAAUAUAAUAUGGUCUGAUAAUCCAAACGAUUUAAGCAUUCAAGUCACUAGUCCCUCUCAUUUCAAGAUAUGCACACCAAAAAAGGUAAUGUCUUUCGAGGAUGCUAAGCAAAGAGCAUCUCAGUGGAAAAAGGCAAUUGAAGGACUUCAAAACCGAUGAACUCAUUCUGGUUUUGAGAAUAUAUUCUUUUAGAUAUCCCGAGCAAUCAAUUAUUCGUUAAAAGAAAGUGAAUUAGCAGAUUUAACUUUGUUGAAGCUAGUUCAAGCUAAAUCCUCAUCACAGCUUAAUUGAAUUUGUGAUGAGUUUUGCCAUCCUCUAAUGCGUAGAUGGGAUAUAUGAUGAAAUUUGGAAGUUCUAAUUGGUAGCUAUGUUGGGGGUUGGAACCAAUACUUUUGUAAGAAAAAUAUCAGUUAUUAUUUUUUUAUAUUAUACAUUAUUAGCUGAAAGAUGAUAGCAUUUUGCUUAUCCUAAUGUAUGAAUCAUUGAAUUCCUCAAUUUAUUGGUUCUUCAGCCAAAGGUCAGAAAGUGGAUGCAUUCAAGAGACACUCUUAUACUUUA